AUGCUGGGUGCGGGCGGGCUGCUGCUGGCCCUGCCGCUGCUCUGCGGGGCGGCGGGGCUGGGGGCUCCCCGCCCGCUGCGCUUCUCCGGCCAAGUGCCCGAGAACAGCCCGGCGGGGACGAGAGUGCGGGGCCCCGCGGAGCCGCCCGCCCGCUGGGCGCUGCGAGGGGACGGCGCGCACCGCUUCGUGCAGCCGCGGCCGGGGGGCGAACGGGGGGCGCUGGAGGCGAGACGGCUGGACCGGGGGAUGCGGCCCACGUCGCGCCGCCUCCGGGUGUGGGCGCGGGACCGAGGCCGUCCGGGCGCGGCGAGGAGGCGGCGGGCGCGCUCGCUGUCCCCCGUCCCCCGGCGGUACGCGGCGCGGCUGCCCCCGGGGGCGCGGGUGGGAGACACCGUGUUCACGCUGCCGCGGGGCCGCGAGUCCGACGCGUGGUUCGAGCUGGCGGCACCCGGAGCUGCGCAGCUCGGCGUGGACCGCGCGUCGGGGCGGCUCUACCUGCGGCGGGAGCUGCCGGCCGGGGGCGGCGCCGAGGCGCUCGUCAAGGUGCAUCGCGGAGGGGGGACAGAUGAUGACUGGUACCUCUGCCACGUGACUCUUCUGGCCCCAGAAGAGGAGCUCCUGUCCUGGGCCAUGUACCCUUAUCCCUACCUGGCACGCGUUGAUCCGGAUGCACGGAAAGGGACUCUUGUCUACCAGCUUGCUGCACAAUACAGCAACAGCGAGAACACCAGUGCUUACACACUGAUUGCAGGUGGCGAAGAGCGAUUUCAGGUCGAUGUGGAUACUGGGAUCGUGAUGACCACGGGCUUACCUUUGGUAUGGAACAAGGAGUAUGUGGUCACAGUGCAAGCCUCGGAUGAGUAUGGCAACAAGAGCCCUUUGGCCUCCAUCUCUAUCCUGGUGGGCUCCCGACCUCCACAGUUCACUAACAUGUCCUACAGUGUGUUUGUUCCUGAAAACACUCCACCAGGAGAAAAAGUGGCAGUGGUUGAGGCUGUUUCCUUUCAGAGCCAGCCACUCUCCUACUCACUGCUGACAAACCCCAGUGGGCUGUUCACUGUGAGGCAGGAGAGUGGUGAGCUCUUGCUCACCCACCCUGUGGACUAUGAGGGCGAGCACCACCUUUACCACCUCCUCCUGAAAGCCGUGGAAACUGGGAGUGCACUGAGCAGUGUGACUGAGGUUAAGGUCCACAUCACAGAUGAAAAUGACUGUUCUCCUGAAUUCCAGAACUCCAUUUACAGCAGGGACAACAUUCCUGAAACCAUUCCUAUUGGCACAUCUCUCCUGCAAGUGCGUGCCACAGACUGCGACUCUGGCUCCAACUCAGAGAUCGUUUACUUCAUCCAGAGCACUGAUUUUUCCAUCACCCCCCACGGGGUCAUCAAUUCUAACCAGCGGCUGAACUUUGAGCGAGAGAAACAUAUGUAUGAGUUUGUGGUGAUCGCUGUCGAUAAAGGACACCCCCCUCGGACGGGAACCACGUCAGUGCGCAUUCGAAUGGCCAAUGUGAAUGAUGAGGCCCCUGUGUUCUCCCAGCCUGUUUACAGAACAUUCCUCUCAGAAGAUGCUGGUCCCAGUGCCUUAGUGGCUACUGUCCGGGCCAAGGACCCCGAUGGAGAUGGGGUGCUCUAUCUAAUUGCUGGAGGAAAUGAGGAGGGCAAUUUUGAACUGGAUAGUCAGAAAGGUAUCAUUAAGCUCCGCAGAAGCCCUGCGCCCAAUCUGAAAGGGCCUCAAUACAUCCUAAACAUCACUGCAAUAGAUGACAAUGUCUCCGGUGGACCCACUCCUCUCAGCAGUUUUGCUGAGGUUAUUGUAGGAGUUAAUGACAUUAAUAACAACAAGCCUGUCUUCAGAGAGUGCACUUACUACAGUGACAGCACCUGGGUUCUGGAGAACCAGCCUCCGGGCACGUACGUGCUGCAGGUAGAAGCCUAUGAUGCAGACCUUGGUGUUAAUGGAGAGGUGAAGUAUGGGCUCAUGCACCGUGAUGGAGCUUCCUUGGGCUUCAGCAUCGAUUCGGACACCGGGGUCAUCACCACCACGCGGAGCUUUGACCGUGAGGAGCAGAGGGAGCACACCCUGUCUGUCACCGCGACAGACCAAGCACAGGAGCCGCUGAUGGGCGUCUGUCAGAUCACCAUCCUGAUUGCUGAUGUCAAUGACAACGAUCCCAAGUUUGAGAACAGUCGCUACCAACAUUUCCUCAGUGAAGACACUCCUGUAGGGAUGAGUUUCCUUCGUGUCACAGCUCAUGACAGUGACCAAGGUGUGAACGCUGCCAUCACGUAUUCCAUGUUAGCACAUCAGGUUCAGUACUUCCAGAUCCAUCCCAGCACGGGUUGGGUGUACGUGAACCACAGGAUCCCCCAGACAGCACGCAUUAGUCACUAUAUUGUAGCAACGGAUGGGGGCAACAGGAGCAGCACAGUGGAGCUGACCGUAACCAUCACCAGUGCAUUCAGCCAGCCACCCUGCUGGGAGCAGCGCAGAUACUGGGUAACGAUCCCUGAAAACACCAUCCGUGACACCAAGAUAGUGACCAUCAAAGCCACGUCCCCUCUUGGAGAUCCCAGGGUUACAUAUAACCUGGAAGAGGGUCAAAUUCCAGAGACAAACUUGCCAAUUCGUUUCUACCUGAGGCCAAAUAGAGCUGAUGGAUCUGCUUCUCUUCUUGUUGCUGAGCCACUUGACUUUGAGACAACCAAAUUCUUCAGGCUGACAGUCCGGGCACAGAAUGUGGCAAUGACUCCUCUAGCUUCCUUUACCGUUGUUUAUGUUAAUGUAACAGAUGUCAACGAUAAUGUUCCAUUCUUUGUGUCUUCCAACUAUGAGGUGUCUGUGCCAGAAGGAGCUGAUGUUGGCACAUCAGUGGUUCAGGUUUUAGCAACAGACUUGGAUUCAGGUCUUCAUGGACAGGUUCGCUACUUUAUAUUGAAAGAUGCUAGUGAGGACUACCAGUUCUUCAGCAUUGAGCCUGACACAGGAAUUAUUUCCACUCGUGCAUCUUUUGACCGAGAGAAAAGAGCCUCCUAUUUGAUUGAAGUUCAAUCUCAGGACUCUUCAGAAUCUGCCAGGCCUGGUGUCCGUGGGCAGCCCAACACAGACACGGCCUAUGUGAGGAUUUUUGUUAGUGAUGUGAAUGACAAUGCCCCAGCAUUUCCUCAGCCGGUGUAUGAGGUCAGCAUAGAUGAAGACAGGGAUGUUGGAAGUCCUGUUGUGACAGCAACGGCAGAUGAUCAAGAUGAGGGUGCAAAUGCCAGACUUAGGUAUCAGAUCACAUCAGGAAACACAAAAGGAAUUUUUGAUGUGGAACCUGAGGCUGGUACUGUCUUCAUCGUUCAGUCUCUGGAUUAUGAAGAAGAACAACGUUAUGAGCUUCGGCUUGUAGCAUCUGAUGGAAAAUGGGAAAAUCACACUCUUAUCAUCAUCAAUGUGGUCAAUAAGAAUGAUGAAGCACCAGUGUUCACUCAGGAUGAAUACCAGGGCAGUGUCCUGGAGGAGCUCACAGAUCUGCCUGUGCUUGUUCUAAAGGUUUCUGCAGCAGACCCCGACCAAGAGGCAGAUCAAAAUGCUAUUAGCUACUCCCUGCAUGGGCAGGGAGCUGGGAGUGAAUUCAGCAUCAAUGAGAACACAGGUGAGAUCAGUGCAAACAGAAGAUUGGACCGUGAAAAACAAUCAACGUGGCGUUUUCUUGUUCUUGCAACAGAUGAGAACGGAGAGGGACUGACUGGCUUUGCAGAUGUGAUCAUAGAAGUGAAGGACACGAAUGACAAUGCACCCCUUUUUCUCUGCAUGUCGGAUGAUUGUUUCAUGGGUUAUGUCCCUGAGGAUUCCCCAGCAGACACAGCUGUCAUGGAGAUGACUGCAAUGGACCUUGAUGACCCAAAGGCCAGCACGAAUGCUGUGCUAACAUACCAAAUCAUUCAGAAUGUCCAAAAUGAAAUCAACCUGAACUUGUUUUCAGUUAACCCAGUUAGUGGCACCAUCUAUACCAUGCUUGGGUCCCUGGAUCGGGAGAAGGAAGACAAGUACCUCUUAGUGGUUGAGGCCAGAGAUGGAGGAGGACUCACUGGGACUGGCACUGCUACUAUUCUGGUGACUGAUGUAAAUGAUCAUGCUCCGGUCUUCCUGCAAAGGAUCUACACAGCAUUUGUCUCUGAGAAUGCAAGUAUUAGCACUGAGGUUGCGGUGCUGUCUGCUAUGGACAGAGAUGAGGGAGAAAAUGCCAUGGUGACAUUUAGCAUUGUUGAUGGUGACAAUGACCACAAGUUCUUCAUAGAGACAGAUGAAGUCAACAACUGUGGGUUUAUACGUCUACGAAAGCAGAUUGAUUUUGAGAAACCUCAUGAGAGGGUGUUUAAUUUGACUGUGAAAGCUGAGGACUUGGAUUUCUUCAGCAUUGCUCAUUGUGUGAUCUAUGUGGAGGAUGCCAAUGACCAUGCUCCUGUCUUCUACCCCCAGUUCUAUGAAGUGGCAUCUCUGGCAGAAGAUGUGCCUCUAGGCACCAAGGUUGUUCAAGUUUCUGCUGUUGACUUGGAUUCUGGCCUGAAUGGAAGGUUCUCUUUCCACCUGCUGAACAAGUCUGAUCCAGGUGGCCAGUUCUCUGUGGCUAGUGAUGGUUGGGUGAUAGUUGCAGGAGUGCUGGAUCACGAGACAGUGACACAAUACCAGCUCAUUGUUGUUGCCACCGAUAUGGGACACCCCCCUCUGUCUUGCAGUGCCACAGUUCUAGUGACUCUGCAGGAUGUAAAUGACAAUGGGCCAGAGUUUGAGGCUCAUUAUAACCCAGUGGUCUGGGAGAACACAGCUUCUCCACAGUCUGUCCAAAUGAACGAGACUUCUACUUUGCUGUAUGCAAAGGAUCGUGACACUGCAGUUAAUGGAGCGCCUUUCUCCUUUCACUUACUCAGCAAUUUCGAUAGUCUUGGUAACUUCCACUUGCAGGAUCUCCAUAACGGCAGUGCCUUGCUUACUGCAGUGCAUACCUUUGACAGGGAAGUGCACAAGGUCUUCCACUUGCCCAUUCUGAUCACAGACAGUGGGAUUCCACCCAUGAGCUCCACCAACACAUUAACUGUGAAUAUUGGGGACCAAAAUGACCACCCGCAUUCUGCUGGCUACAUGGAAUGUCUCAUUUACAGCUAUGAUGGUAUCCUGCCCACGACUGUCCUGGGUCAAGUCCUUGCCCCUGAUGAGGAUGAUUGGGAUAGUAAAAUUUACCAAUUUGAAGGAAAAACAUCAAGGUACUUUAUCCUUAAUGAUAACUCAGGUUUGCUAACUAUUAAAGAAGGAACCCCACCAGGAACAUACAACAUAAGGGUUAGAGUCAUCGACGGUGUUUGGCCAGAUGUUGUCUCAACUGUAAAGAUUAUAGUGAAGGAAAUCAAAGAUGAUGCCCUCCAUAAUGCUGGUUCUUUACAAAUCAAAGAUAUCACCCCAGAGGAGUUCGUAUCCCAAUUCCCUGAAAAAGAGAGUAAAUACAACCAGUUGAAGAAGCUGCUCUCAGAAAUCAUAUCAGUCCAACUUGAAAAUGUCCACAUUUUCAGUGUACUAAAGUCAAGUCAAACACAAGGGGUUGAUGUUUGGUUUGCAGUUUAUGGCCCACCCUAUUAUAAAGCAGAAAAACUUAAUGGCAAUGUAGCGGCCUCCAGAGCAUGGCUGGAAAACAUCUUGGAUAUAAAUAUCACCCAGACUGGCAUUGAUGAAUGUGUGACCGCUAACUGCACUCAUAGCAGCGGAUGCAUCAGCAAGCAUGAGCACAGUCAUGUGCCAACGAUAACCACAGCUGGAAGCAUUUCACUGGUAUCUGUGACGGUCCUGAGCACUGCCCUGUGUAGCUGUGCGGCUCGGGAGAGUCCUCGUCUCUCCUGUUCCUCAAACCCAUGUCUGAAUGGUGGCACCUGUGUGGAUACUGAUUUGGGCUACAGAUGCAGGUGUUCUGCUAAUUUCCAUGGACCAGACUGCCAGCAGACAAAACACAGCUUCAAGGGCCAUGGCUAUGCCUGGUUUCCUCCUCUUAAGCCUUGCUUUGAGAGUCGCAUCUCCUUAGAGUUCAUCACUGAAGUCGCGGAUGGCCUUCUGUUGUACCAGGGACCAGUAGCACGAGGGCAGCCUGGACAGCUGGAAGAUUUCAUUGCGUUGGAGCUGUCUGGUGGUGUCCCAACACUGACUGUGAGCCAUAGCUCUGGUGAACUUUACCUCCAACUGUCCAAAAAAGUUAAUGUUGCAGAUCGCCGCUGGCACAAUAUAAAAAUUAAAAGUGAUGGAAAGAAAGUGAAGCUGGUUCUUGACCACUGCAUAAAUGGCUCAGCUAGAGACAGUGAUGGUGUUGUUAAGAAGAUCUCUCAAGUGGAUCUGUCCUCCUGUGAAGCCUCUGAAGAGACUAUGGGGACGUGGAGCAUGAGCAGGAUCUUCAGUGGUCACCAGCCCCUACAGCUGGGUGGAGUGAAGAAGAUUUUGCCUCAUCAUGACUCACAAAGGCGCUUCAGAGGGUUUGUUGGCUGCAUACGCAAUGUCAUUGUUGACACUAAGGUUUAUGACUUGGAACGCCCUGCAGAGUCCCUGAACAGCUCUCCAGGAUGCAUCCUCACAGAUGAAAUGUGUCAGAGUACUGGGAUGGUCUCCUGUGGUGUCCAUGGUCGGUGUGUUGGUGACUGGAACUUCUUUCACUGUGACUGUACCCCAGGAUAUGCUGGACCCACGUGUGACAAAGUUCUUCCAGAAUGGGCUUUUGGAAGGGACAGCUGGAUCCAUUAUGAGCCAAGGAAUACCCUCAGCACGCUCAGCACUCGGAUCCAGCUGAUGGUGCGCACCCGCAUCUCACGCAGCACGCUGCUCAGCUUGGCUUCUGCAGAUGGGAGCAGCUUCAUCCGGCUGGAGGUGGAUGAGGGCUACUUUUGUGUUAACUUCAGCUUGGGGGACAAAAGUCACACUCUGAGAAUGAAGACGUUACGUAUAAAUAAUGGCCAGUGGGUCCUGCUGGCCAUGGAGCGCUACAACAAUGAGUUUACUCUGCGCGUCAACAGUGGUGGUGGGGAUCAGGAAGUGACAUCUGUCUUGGGCACAGAUAGGUGGUUUGAGAUGGACUGGGCAAGUGUUGUGCUAGGAAACCGCCUUCCCAGUCAUCCAGAGAGCGAUUUCCAAGGUUGUUUGCGUGAUGUCCAGCUCAAUGGCCAGCCUCUACUUGUGGAAGGCAGGAGCACAGAGUUUGGCUUCGUUCUGAGGCGGCAGGGUGUCACGAUGGGAUGCCAUUCUGGUGCCUGCAGCAGCCAUCCCUGUUACAGCCCUUUCCUUUGUGUUGAUCUCUGGAGAAAAUAUGAAUGCCGGUGUCCAGCUGGGAAAGUGGAAGUGACUGACAAUCUUACAGGGCUCAGACACUGUACCUCAUCACCUUGUGGACACUGGACCUGUAGGAAUGGGGGUACCUGUGUGGCUCAAUCCCAAGACAAGACUAUCUGUCAGUGCCCUGAAGGCUACAAGGGAAGAUGGUGUGAAAUUAGCCAGGUGAAGGCUGGAAGACCUGUUGGACUCAGCUCUGGCUCUAUUUUGGCAAUCAGCAUGUGUCUCCUUGUCUUUCUAGCUCUCUUAGUUUCCUAUACAGUGUGGAGUCAGUGGGGAAGUUCAGGGUUUCGGAAAGGAGGAAUUUACCACAUUCCUGAAGAGCGUGAAAGCUGGGAGGAUGUUAGAGAAAAUGUCUUCAAUUAUAAUGAAGAAGGGGGUGGAGAACAUGACCAGAAUGCUUACAAUGUAGAUGAACUGAAGAAACCUCUCCGUAACAUUCCCCACUUCUCCUUGAGGGCAGCGUUUCCAUAUUCCAGGACACCCACCAGACCAAAAAGAGUCUCAGUCCCAAACCGUGCACAGCAAAAACAAUCAACAUCAGCUGUUAGUGGUGUUCCAGACUUGAAGGAAUAUUUUUCUCAAAUCAUCCGGGAUGCAGACAAUGAUCUACAGAACCUUCCAGCUGACACUAUUCAUUUCUACUGCUUGGAAGGAGAAUGCCCUCUAGCAGCGAGCCUUAGCUCCUUAAACUCCUUUAGUGGUGAUGAAGAUCUAAACUAUGACUGCCUCCAAGAGUGGGGGUCCAAGUUUGACAAGCUCAAAGAACUCUGUGAGCCCUCACAUGAACAUUUGUAACUGGAUUGGAAGGAACUCGAGAUGUUGGUGGGACAGAUGGAUGCUACUUUUAAAACAUGCCCUUUUUUAUACAUAAAUACACCGAGUAAUUUACUUGAUACAUGUUUUUAGUUAUAAUAGUAUGAAACACGUUUCCCAGGAAAAUAGUCUUUUUGAUAUGUACUGUAUAAAUUGUUAUUUAAUGGUAGAAGCUAUAAGGCUUUUAGCUUUCUUCAAAGCUUUGGAAUGCAGGAUUUGAGUACUAGAGAAUUAUAAUAUCCCUUUUUGUUUGUGUGGAGAGCUACUAGAAUCAUCCUGAAUGAAAGAACUUUACUUUCUCCCUGAUGUGACUUUUACCGGGGGGUAGCAACGUGUAGGGCCCUCUUGUUUUCAGCUGCAUUCAUUUCAGAUGUUGAAAUAAGGGUUAUAAAAGUUAAAUAUAAAACACUGUAAAUGCCUGUGGUUCUCGUCAGCUUUUCUUUUCACAGAAUGACCCGGGUUGAAAGGGACCUCAAGGAUCACGUAGUUCCAACCCCUCUCGGUGCUUUUAAGCAGCACCGAGGCCUGU